CACGUGACCAUCCUUCCGCGGCUUUGGCAUCUCAGGCUCACAUUCCAGCAUCCCCAUCUCCUAUCAUUAGACUAAACAUCCAGCAUGGGCUGGGUAGGGGUCGCAACCCUUAUUGCAACAGCAUGCUUCUUUUUAUACUAUCACCCCCCCGGGACCUGGGCUCCUGAGGCCCCAGCAUCAGAGCCACCGAAGGCGUCCAUCCCUGCGGCUCGCGCGACAGAGGAAACAAAAGGCAACAGUGAAGCAAAGCCCGCUCAAGAGGAAGAUGACCUUGCAAAAGAUUCCGAGACAACUCCCAAGGCAUCUGCAACUGCGCCAGCACUCGACGUGCCCUCCUUUCAACUAGAAAUCCCCGUCGACCGAGCAGCCCCUCCCCCGUCUGGCGGCGAUCAAACUCAAAAUGCGAUGAAGCCCCCUUCUGAACAGCCAAAGAUGGGCGACAACAUCCUCAUGCCUCCGCCUCCUCCGCCACAGCAACCGACUGCAGCGAAAACCUCCUCCCUGAUGCCUCCUCCUGCCCCACCUCGUCUCCGUCCGAUAGUGUCCCAGAACCAACCCUCUUCACCAGGACAAUUUCCUCCACGCCCGAAUACCACAAGCUCACUGCGUCCGCCACCCUCUGCUGCAGCUUCGUUGCGCGUCCCGCCCAGCCGUCUCUCAAGCAGCACAUUAGCGCCAACCAAGGUGACCGCGAAACCAUCGAGUUCUUCGAAACGAGCGGUUCUCGAACCGGGAUACUCGCCAUUGGACUGGGCCGCGCUGACAUCCAACCCGAACAACAAGCUACGGGGCGAGAAUCUCCCUCCGACAUUGAUCCGGGUGACACCGUCGAUGUUGAAGACACAGAACGGGCGAAAGGGCGCGGAUGCAUGGACAUCAUACCAGGGGAAGGUUUACAACAUCACACCAUACAUACCGUUCCACCCCGGCGGAAAGGGGGAAUUGCUUCGCGGCGCAGGAAAAGACUCGGGGAAGUUAUUCUUCGAGAUCCAUCCAUGGGUGAACUGGGAUGCCAUCCUGGGCGAAUGUCUCGUUGGGAUUCUAGUUUCCGAGACUGAAGAACCCAACGAGAAUAAACUGGACGCGAUGGAUUGAUCCAUUCUUUGCCUCUCAUUCUGGUCAUUCCUUGCUAUGACCAGUGUAAUCUACUAUAGAUGAUACCCUUAGAUACAAUACAUAGACUACAUCCCUUCACAUCCUCCUCUUCCCUAAAGAAAAGAAGAGAAGACUAAAUUACAACUCAUCCUUCCCCAC